UGUAGAUGUCGUUGAAGGCAAAGGAAUUGUAUUUUUUUGUGUUUAUUUGGGCAUUUGCGUCAACUGAAGGAAACCGUAAGAAUAAUUUUUUUCUGACGUAUAACUGUUUUAAUAUUUUAUAAGAUAAAUUGAUAUUUAAAUGUUUAUUAUUUAAAUUUAUAUAUUAUUGUUGCUCUAAGUUUAAUUCCACUUAUAGAAGAUCAUAACGUGGUUGGAUUUGGUCGGAACUUUUAUUAUGGCAAGGAAGGUCGUAGUGCAAAAAUUUGUCUUGUCAUUAAAAAAUACGUGGAACCCAUCACUGGAGUGUAAGCAUAUAUUAUUUUUGUCAUCUUGUAAAAUUCACAUAAAUAUGUUGGUUUUUUGCCCUGACAUAGAGUUUUUUGUAGCAGUUUAUGCUGUAACCAAUGCCAUUAUUUAGAUUAUAAUAUAACAUUUGCCUCAACCACUUCGUCAUAUCCAAUUCCUAAAUAUUUAAUUUUGUACCACCCGCAAAAUUUUUCUUUCUACACAUUCUAUGAUUAAGUGCAUAAGAUAUUUUGAUAGCCUUUUCAUUUGAUACAUUAAGGAUAACUACUACAGAUGAGACCGCGAAAGGUGGAGUCGAUUACAACGAUACCAUGCUACCAGUUAAUAUAACGACAAAUUCUUCAAGUUCAGUGUGCUAUACUAUAAACCUAUUGGAUGAUGGUGAUUCUGAGGGAUUCGAAACGUUUACCGUUGUUUUCACGACAAAUGAUACUGAUGAUCAAAUAUAUCGAAGUAGAUCUACGGUUACUAUUACUGAUGAUGAUGGUAAAUAUUGUAUAUUGAUGUUUUUUACCAAACAAGACGCCUGAUUAGGCGUUCACACUGACAUGAAAAUGACGACAUACGUGCUAUGGCGCAAUAGAAUAGAAUACUAAUCGUGAACCGCAAGCAAGUUACCGAGUAUUUACCCCCUUUAAAACGAAAAGCACCAUUGUAAUCCUGGGGGGGGGUCAGCCGUCAAACAUUACACAAAUCCGAACGAUAAUAUAUUUAGUCACUGCUUGGCCAAACAUUCUGUAUUACUGAAAAUGGCGACAUACGUGCUAUGGUGCAAUUGACAAGAAUAAAAUCGUGAACCGCAAGCAGGUAGUAUGGAUUUAAAAAAUGAAAGACCUGUUCGGGAGACCUAUGAUGCAAAUCUAUAAUUAUGUAAAUGAACACAAGUACACAACGGAUGUUUAUGGGUCUACAAUGUAUAUUUAUAGUUGUUUAUUAAAAUUAAGUUGUGUAAGCAAACUGUUUAACCUUUAGGGAAAUACAUUUAUUAUGCCGAGGGGGAGGGGACGAAAAUGUUAAGGGGGGAGGGCACCGAAAUUUUUUCUGGCAUUAAGGUG